GAGCCACUGGUGUCUGGAAGAUGCUACAGUUUAUAAAACACAAUUUUGUUGUUAUUGGUUGAAAGAAGAUAGAAAUAAUUGACAAUAGAUGCCAAAACUAAAGAUCACAGGGAAAUUCUUUGGAUGCUGGACAUUAAAGAUGGCCCGGACUAGGUGGACAGCAUUCUGCUGAUGCAGCUGAGGCUAGAGAUUCACAACUACAGGUAACUGAACUUCUUUUCAUCUUCCAGUCACAAUUCAGUGCCUUCUCCAGCCUCCCACCCCCGAAAUCCUCCAGCAUUUCUGAAGGGAGGUAUAGUAAAUUGUUACAAAACUCUACAAGACGCGUGAAUAGUGACAAAACUGCCACCUUUGGGAGUUUGUUGUACUGUGAGACCUGUUUGUUUCCUUUCAGAAAAGAAUAUGACAGAUACCUAGCAUCUAGCAAAAGAAUGGCAGCUGCUUACCUUGACCCAAACUUGAAUCAUACACCAAGUUCAAGUACUAAGACUCACCUGGGUACUGGUAUGGAACGUUCUCCUGGUGCGAUGGAGCGAGUAUUAAAGGUCUUUCAUUAUUUUGAAAGCAAUAGUGAGCCAACCACCUGGGCCAGUAUUAUUAGACAUGGAGAUGCUACUGAUGUGAGGGGCAUCAUUCAGAAGAUAGUGGACAGUCACAAGGUAAAGCAUGUGGCCUGCUAUGGAUUCCGCCUCAGUCACCUGCGGUCGGAGGAGGUACACUGGCUCCACGUGGACAUGGGUGUCUCCAGUGUGAGGGAGAAGUAUGAGCUCGCCCACCCACCAGAGGAGUGGAAGUAUGAAUUAAGAAUUCGUUAUUUGCCAAAAGGAUUUCUAAACCAGUUUACUGAAGACAAACCAACUCUGAAUUUCUUCUACCAACAGGUGAAGAGCGACUACAUGUUAGAGAUAGCUGAUCAGGUGGACCAGGAGAUUGCUUUGAAGUUGGGUUGUCUAGAAAUACGGCGAUCAUACUGGGAGAUGCGAGGCAAUGCGUUAGAAAAGAAGUCUAACUAUGAAGUAUUAGAAAAAGAUGUUGGCUUAAAGCGAUUUUUUCCUAAGAGUUUACUGGAUUCUGUCAAGGCCAAAACAUUAAGAAAACUGAUACAACAAACAUUUAGACAAUUUGCCAACCUUAAUAGAGAAGAAAGUAUUCUGAAAUUCUUUGAAAUCCUUUCUCCAGUGUAUCGAUAUGACAAAGAAUGUUUCAAGUGUGCUCUUGGGUCAAGCUGGAUUAUUUCAGUGGAACUGGCAAUUGGCCCAGAAGAAGGGAUCAGCUACCUGACAGACAAGGGCUGCAAUCCCACACAUCUGGCUGACUUCAACCAAGUGCAGACAAUUCAGUAUUCAAACAGUGAAGACAAGGACAGAAAAGGAAUGCUGCAGCUCAAAAUCGCAGGUGCACCUGAGCCUCUGACAGUGACGGCACCAUCCCUAACUAUCGCAGAGAACAUGGCUGACCUGAUAGAUGGCUACUGCCGGCUGGUGAAUGGAGCAACACAGUCCUUUAUCAUCAGACCCCAGAAAGAAGGUGAACGGGCAUUGCCAUCAAUACCAAAGUUGGCCAACAGCGAAAAGCAAGGAGUUCGAACACACACAGUCUCCGUGUCAGAGACAGAUGAUUAUGCUGAGAUCAUUGAUGAAGAAGACACCUACACAAUGCCCUCAACGAGGGAUUAUGAGAUCCAAAGAGAAAGAAUAGAACUUGGACGAUGUAUUGGAGAAGGCCAGUUUGGAGAUGUACAUCAAGGAGUGUAUAUGAGUCCGGAGAACCCAGCUUUGGCAGUUGCAAUUAAAACGUGUAAGAACUGUACUUCGGACAGCGUGAGAGAGAAAUUCCUUCAAGAAGCCUUAACAAUGCGUCAGUUUGACCAUCCUCAUAUUGUGAAGCUGAUUGGAGUCAUCACAGAGAAUCCUGUCUGGAUAAUCAUGGAGCUGUGCACCCUGGGAGAGCUGAGAUCAUUUUUGCAAGUAAGGAAGUACAGCUUGGAUCUGGCGUCUUUGAUCCUGUAUGCUUAUCAACUUAGUACAGCACUUGCGUAUCUGGAGAGCAAAAGAUUUGUACACAGGGACAUUGCUGCUCGGAAUGUUCUGGUAUCCUCAAAUGAUUGUGUAAAAUUAGGAGACUUUGGCUUAUCGCGUUAUAUGGAAGACAGUACUUAUUACAAAGCUUCAAAAGGAAAAUUGCCUAUAAAAUGGAUGGCUCCAGAGUCAAUCAAUUUUCGACGGUUUACCUCAGCUAGUGACGUAUGGAUGUUUGGUGUAUGUAUGUGGGAGAUACUGAUGCAUGGUGUGAAGCCCUUUCAAGGAGUGAAGAACAAUGAUGUGAUCGGUCGAAUUGAAAAUGGGGAAAGAUUACCAAUGCCUCCAAAUUGUCCUCCUACCCUCUACAGCCUUAUGACGAAAUGCUGGGCUUAUGACCCCAGCAGGCGGCCCAGGUUUACUGAACUUAAAGCUCAGCUCAGCACAAUCCUGGAAGAGGAAAAAGCUCAGCAAGAAGAACGAAUGAGGAUGGAAUCCAGAAGACAGGCCACCGUGUCUUGGGACUCUGGAGGGUCUGAUGAAGCACCGCCCAAGCCCAGUAGGCCUGGUUAUCCUAGUCCAAGAUCCAGUGAAGGAUUUUACCCCAGCCCUCAGCACAUGGUACAGACCAAUCAUUAUCAGGUCUCUGGCUACCCUGGUUCACAUGGAAUCACAGCCAUGGCCGGCAGCAUCUACCCAGGCCAAGCAUCUCUUCUGGACCAGACAGAGUCAUGGAAUCAUAGACCUCAAGAGAUAUCCAUGUGGCAGCCCAACAUGGAGGACUCAGCAGUCUUGGACCUGCGAGGCAUCGGGCAAGUGCUACCCACCCACCUGAUGGAAGAGCGGUUGAUCCGACAGCAGCAGGAAAUGGAAGAAGAUCAACGCUGGCUGGAAAAAGAGGAGAGAUUUCUGAAACCUGACGUGAGGCUCUCCCGAGGCAGUAUCGACCGGGAAGACGGGAGUCUUCAGGGCCCAUUGUCUUGUCAGCUUCAGCCCCAGGAAAUCAGUCCCCCUCCCACUGCCAACCUGGACAGGUCCAAUGACAAGGUAUAUGAGAACGUGACGGGCCUGGUGAAAGCCGUGAUUGAGAUGUCCAGCAAAAUCCAGCCAGCCCCACCGGAGGAGUACGUCCCCAUGGUGAAGGAGGUUGGCUUGGCCCUGCGGACAUUACUGGCCACUGUGGAUGAAACCAUUCCUGGCCUGCCAGCCAGCACGCACCGAGAGAUUGAGAUGGCGCAGAAGCUGCUCAACUCCGACCUGGGCGAGCUCAUUGGCAAGAUGAAGCUGGCACAGCAAUAUGUCAUGACCAGCCUGCAGCAGGAGUACAAGAAGCAGAUGCUGACGGCUGCCCACGCCCUGGCUGUGGAUGCCAAGAACCUGCUGGAUGUCAUUGACCAAGCGAGGCUGAAAACGCUAGGACAGACGAGGCCUCACUGAGCUGCCGGCGAGCACAUCUGCCCCACAGGAGUUCUCUGGCCUUCCACCAGCAGCGAGGAAUGAACCGUGUCCUCGAUUGCCAGCACUCACAGCUAGUUGGAAAUCCCUCAUAAGUUUAACCACAUUUUGAUUUGGAUUUGUUUAAUUUAAAAAAUUGAAGAAAGUCUAGGAUUCGAGAUGUGUCAUUUUCCUGAGAGUGAAAAUGGCACGUUGAGAAGCUUUCAAGAACCAUGAAAACAGUUGCUGUUAGCAUUCGGGUGCGUUUUCGUGGAGCGGCAUGUUAACUCCUGACCACCUCCCCUGCAAGAGAGGGGAAGAGCGGGGAAAACGGGGCUGGCGACCCUUCCAUCAUUACUGGGUGGAUGGAACACUGCUGCAAUAUGCUAAUCCCAGUUGCAGACAAAGAAAAGAAGAGCUAUAUUUUGAAGACUCAAGUUGUUUGAGAAGAAAACUACCACCUUCUUAUCUUCCACCUUUUACUUUCAUGUGGAUAUUGAAGCAUUGGGUUGGGAACUAGCUGUAGGACAUAACUAAACUUGUCUUUUUCACCAGAAUUAUGUGCCAGUUUUUGUAGCGAUGUAAUUUCUCUUGGAAGCAGAAAUGCUUUGUACCAGAGCACCUCCAAACUGCAUUGAGAAGUUCCAGAACCAUCCCUGUUUUCCAUUUUUAUAUAAUUUAUAAGAAAGAUCAAAGCCAUGUUGACUAUUUUACAGCACUGGAGCUAUAACCUUCAUUGCGUCUGUCUUCCCAGGAGAGCACUCAGCGGAACGAGGAGACUUGGCUCUCUUCAGAUGUCCGGUCCUUGCACCAUCCAUUCUGUUAGAUAAUUUUGAAAACUAUACCCUCCCUUUAGUUUGUCGGGGGAUAUAAAUUAUUCUCAGGAAGAAUAUAAUGAAUUGUACAGUUACUUUGACCUAUUAAACAGGUGUCACCAGUAAA